CUCCGUGGGGUUAAACUUCAUUCGACUUUGCUCGUUCAGAGAAGAAACUGUAAACAUGAGUGGAAGAGGCAAGGGUGGCAAAGGACUCGGAAAAGGAGGCGCCAAGCGUCACCGCAAAGUGCUGCGUGAUAACAUCCAGGGUAUCACCAAACCCGCAAUUCGCCGUCUGGCUCGCCGUGGCGGAGUGAAGCGUAUCUCUGGUCUGAUCUACGAGGAGACCCGCGGGGUGCUGAAGGUGUUUUUGGAGAACGUCAUCCGUGAUGCCGUCACCUACACGGAGCACGCUAAGAGGAAGACUGUGACCGCCAUGGAUGUGGUGUAUGCUCUGAAGAGACAGGGCCGCACUCUGUACGGCUUCGGCGGUUAAACUCAUUCGCCCUAAUCCACCAAACGGCUCUUUUAAGAGCCACACACCUCACUUUAAGAGCUCUGUUCUGCGAUGUUGUGUUUUUUUUGUUUUUUGUUUUUUCUUUUUUUUACUGCCUUACUUAAUGUAUUUUGUUUUGCACUCGGCAUAUCUUAUAUGCCAUUAGGUCAUUUAUUGUGAAAAUUGUGAGGUAGGAACUAUUGUACUGCAUGAUGGUUCCACUGGUGCACCUGAGGGAGAUGCACGCCCAUGUUGAAGCCAAUGGACUACUUGCAUUAGGGCAUGUGAUGUAAGUCCGUUUCCAAAUACUACCGCUUGGACGUUUCCGGUUUGUUUAUCUAUCGGUAGCUAUGCUAAUGUCACUUCAGAAUGAGUAUAAAAAGGAAAAUAUUUAAAACAACAUUUUCAAAAACAGAAGAAAUACUCCGAGCAUUGCUGUGUCCCACUUUGUUCGGCUUCAGCCAAAUUUAACGGCAUACUAAGUUUUCAUGGCUUUCCGACCCAUUCCGACUUGAGAAGACAAUGGCUGGUAAACAUACGCCGGGAUCAUUUCACGAUUACCUCUCACACCAGGGUCUGCAGCAGACACUUUGCCAGUGAUCAACUCAUAGAGCCAACAACCCUUGAUGGUCGAAGGCGGCUUAUUAAAGGGACUGUACCAACACUUUUUGAGUGGAAUGGCUAUAAAGUUGAACCACCGCGGCGCAGUGUUUGGGAGAGAACGGAGCGACGCCCUGAACUAGUUCCUCCUGACGAUCAAGAAGAGCAGUCUUACAAGAGAUCAUGACUACUACUCAGUCCCUGAGCCGUCUGCAUUGGACAUAUCUGCAUCAGCUGCAGAAGACCUGUCCAAAGACGUGGAGAGUUACGUGUCCAGCGAGAAUUUGGGUUAUAGCGUUUUGCUGGCUCCGACACUGACAUCCGAUUCUAUACCAGAUUUCCAAGCUAUGAUCAUUUGAUGGCAUUUUGGUUUUUGAUUGAGCCUUGCAUCUAUAAAAUGAUCCGGGUUUCAAGAGCCAAGUCAGCUGCCAAUAGGAACGAAGAAGUGUUGACACCUGCACGCACAUCAACGAGGCAGCUGCUACAGCCAAUUGACAAGUUCUUUCUUUUCCUGGUUUUCCUGUCAGUUGGUUUGAAGGAGAGGGACCUGGCACACCGAUUUAACAUACACCAGUCCACAGUGAGCCACAUUAUUGCAACAUGGACAAAUUUUCUUGCCACUGCACUGGGGUCUCAAUGCAUCUGGCUUACACGUGAAGAAGUGCAAGCUUACCUCCCUGAGGAAUUCAAAGAUUUCUCAGACACCCAGAUGAUCCUUGACUGUACAGAGCUGAGGUGUCAGACACCAUCCUCACCACUUCUCCAAAGUGAAAUGUACUCUUCGUACAAAUCCCACUGUACGAUGAAAGCCCUGGUUGGCAUAGCUCCACAUGGUCCAGUGACAUUCAUCUCUAAUCUGUAUGCUGGUUUGGUUAGUGACAAGGAACUAUUCAAACAAUCAGG